CGACGUUUUCGACUAGUUCAACCUUCACUCCAUCCUUGGGUGUGCGACGAACCACGAGUCCAACACGCUUCCGUCCUGAUCUUUCGAAAUUACCGCCAAAAAAAAAUAAAAUAAAACAAAAUAACCUUGGUACUAAAGCCUUAGUGCGCGUGGGUCGUAUCGGUGGGCCACCAAAAGUCACAAGAAAAAAAAAAAAAAAAAAAAAAAAUUCUCACCAAACUCCAUCCGAGGCGGGAGGUCCAAGCUCAUUCCACAUCGGCUGCUCCUUUUUGCAAGACCACGGAGAGGUAAGAGGUUUCUCGCCUCCAGCGGCAGCAAAAAUCGGGAUUCUCACCAAGGAGGGUCGACAAUCCGCAUCAUCGCCGUUCCGCGACGUUUUUAGCUUUGGCCCUUCGUACACAGUACAUCCAUUCGCAUCGCGUUGCCUCACAAGCCAACGAUUAUUGCCCGCGACGGCUCUCGAAGCAAUUUCUCCACACCCCUGCUUGGACUUGAGAACGGAGCAGGGUGACCCAAUCUCGUCAAGUGGGGCCCUGUUGCUUUAUCGGAUUAUCAAAUUCCGGCAAAACUCGUUAGCCAGGAUUCUCACCUCGACUUGGCCCCCAAAUAUCAAGGCUUGAUCCUGGCUCGACUCUUCUCCCUGGCAGUCAACGAGCUUUCCUUCUCCACAUCCGCCGCGAUCUGGCAGCGCCGGGUUCGACAACCUGACGAGGUCGAAGACAGGGGAUAUUCAUAACAAACGCGGUUGGCUUUUUUUUUUUUUUCUUAAGAAAAAAAAAAGGAGAUUACAGAGAGCCAGGGAAGGGAGGCUCCCCAUAGGGCACGUGUAAUUUUAUAUACGUGAAUCUGAAAGCUCUCCCACAUCCUCACUAACUUUUGUGUGGAGCAAGAGGGGUAAGGCAGGAAAAGGGACAGCAAGAGGAAAAAAAAAAAAGGGAAAAUUACGAUCUCCACCCUUCACAUCGAUUUCAUCGUAUCCGCCAGCAAACCAGGGGACUCUCAGGCUCGUUUGGGUUACUUUCGUACGGUCCAGAAGUGUACAAACAUCGGUACCGUUUUAUACACACCUCACGCAUAACAUCUUGGUACAUUUAACUCAGCACAAGCGUCCGCCAAACUAUUAUUUUUCUUUUCUUUUUGACGCUACAACUGUCUCUGCCUAUCCUCUUCCCUGCGGAACGGUUCCACCGUUGGUUCAACCACCCCGUCGGCUAUCCCCCUUCAACCAUACCAAACUCUGCAAGAGACCUUUGGGUCGCGUUGGCUUAUCGGCUGCUCCUGCUGCAGGUCCCACUGCAAAAGACCAAUCUUUGCCGGUCUAAAAUAUUUCAACCUUUUUCCAACUGGCUCGAAUUUAGUUCAAAAACUGAGAGUUGCCACCGCUGCACCAUCGUCUCAAAAAACACUCCGUCAAAAAAUCCCCCCCCAUCGUAUUCUGCCCUCGACAUCCAACCUCGCCAAUCCAGACCUUUCCCCUCCUGGACUACUGCGUUUCGUUGCCUUUUGCCGCUGAAGAUCGCGCUCUUAAGCAUCGCCAUCCCGACUUCGCGUGUGAGACGGCCCAUACUUGGUUUGGUCUGGUUCUUCAGGCAUAACUUAUUUUCUCUGGCUCUGGUCCCUGGAGGUCUUUCUCGCUAAGAGGAAACUAAAAAGGGGUCUAAAAAGAAGGCUUGGUAGUUGGACCAACACAAGUUUCCACGCGAUUUGUUUGAGGUGCAGCCCACAACACCAAUUACCUCGCCAAACCUUUGAAGGACUAGCCUGCGGUGUCGAGCACCCUGUUUCGCGCCCGCAGGUUGGAACCUAAAAAGGAACACCUUGCUUUGGUCACCGUCGACUAUAUUGUGAACCGGCGCUCUUUCGUGACCGGAACACCCCUUCUUUCUUCGUCUCCAUACAAUAAUAAUAUAAUUGUUUCGGUUCAAUCUACUGGACUGAGCGAAGCCACCCGCCGCUAAGAUCGCGAGGUACUUGUCGGAGGAUAUACAAGGGACCUUUUUUAGUUAGGCCACACGACAAGUCUAUUAUAUGGACAGACCUGCCCAAGACUACGCGCAGUCAGGUUUGACCUCCGAUCCUCCAAACUUGGCGGAACAGGAAUCUGAACAGUCAGCCGCAGACCAGACUACUGCUGCUGCUGCUGCCGCCGCCGCCGCUGCUGUCGCGUCCCCUCAGUACAACACGUCGCAGCCGGAAAACCGAGCACCUGCUCAGUACACAGCACCCGCCGAAUCUCGAGCCACCGGCAACAUUUCUGCGUCCAAUACGCCUCAACCAGAAUAUACCUUGAAUCAGGCAGCUCAGGCUCCGCCUCCACCUCCUCCGGCAGCUACGGCACGGCCACCUGCGCCGUAUCCUGACUAUCUCGCUCGACAGCCGCAAUACCACCACGCGCCUAAUACCCAAGCCGGCGGCGCGGCAGGUAUGGCUCAAGCAACAAAUCCCUCGAUCGCGGCGGCGAGCCCAACCUACCCUCCUCCCUACUCCCCUUACCAACCUCAAGGCCAUGAUAUGGCUCAGUAUCAAGGCCAUCCGCCUCCACAGAUGUACGCGCGCCCAGAGUGGCCUCACCAAUACGGGCAGCACCAGCCUGGCCUUCCUGGACCCUACAGUUCUCCAGCAACCACUGUCGGAACUGCAUCGCCAGUAGCGACAGCAGGACCACGCCCAGGACAGGUAUACUCAUUCGUGCCAAUUCCCGGCUCCCAACAACACAAGCGACCGCGCCGACGAUAUGAGGAAAUUGAACGUAUGUAUAAGUGUGGAUGGAACGGAUGCGAAAAAGCGUAUGGUACUCUUAAUCAUUUGAAUGCCCAUGUCACAAUGCAGUCUCAUGGAGCAAAACGUACUCCCGAAGUUUGGAGCAAUCUGGCGACUAACAAGGCUUCGAUAUCCGCAGAGUUCAAAGAAAUCCGAAAAGAAUGGAAGGCACGCAAGAAGGAAGAAGAAAACCAGCGCAAAGCUGCAGAGGAGAGGGAGCGGGCAGCUGCUCAGAGCCAAGGAGCCGAGAAUAACGCCCCCCCCGACCCAAACAACGUGACCACGGCUCAGCAACCGCCACAGCCAGCGCCAUACCCGGCCGGCGUCCGUCCCCAGCUUCCUCCCAUCGGAUAUCAACCUGCGGACGGUCAGGUACCAAGUCAAUACAGCAACUCGACUGGCAGUGGGCUUGUUUAUCCGUCUGGCAACGGACAGAUGCCUGCGACCUAUCCUACCAAUUAUCCCCACUCUCCAUAUGGCCAAGGAAAUCAGGUCUAUCAACAGCCCCCACCACCGGCCCGUGAGUAAGAUCACGUCUCUAUUCUGUGUCGAUGUCCACUCCAGUCUAGUUUAGGCAUGGUGUCAAUCGAAUCACAUCUGGCUUGCAACAUCAAAUAUUGUUGCUGACAUCUGAACUCACAGGCCCAGAUGGCCAGCUCAACAACUAUCAAUAGAAAUGACUGGUCACGAGCAUGGAUGGCCCCGACUGAUGACCGAAAGCAUCUAGAUUAAUUCUUGGUGUUCUCCUCUUCUCCCUUCUUCAAAACAUACCCCCAGCUUCACAUUUCUACUUUUGUGCGACUAUUUAAUAGCCUUCUUUCUACAUAUUUCGCUGCUAUCUUCAAUGUUUUCCUCGUGAAAGGGAGGGUCUGCCCAUGCACUACUGAUACCAUUCUCCAUUUUCUACUACAGCAUCAUAUCAUUUUCCAUGUACCAUCUGGUGUUCUACGACUAAUAUUCUCCUUUUAACAUCUUGUGAUAGAAGGGAGAGAGGAUGCGUGGCGAAACAUAAAAUAAAAAUCCAGGUGCUUUAAAAAACGGGGGAAAGAACUUGUAAUAAUGUGACAAUGGAUGAUGGUUUUCGACUUGGGUGGUGGGAUGUGCAUUAAACAUUCUGGUUUUUUUCUCUCUUCCAUUUUACCCUUUUCCUUUACUGGAUGACAAGUUGAUGGCGUUUUCUUUUCCACCUUUUUGAUUUCCUCUCUUCUCGUUUACGGCCGUUUUGAGAUGCUCUAAGCCUUCUUCUUGCCAUGCAUUGGCAUUUUUAAUCUACUUUUGCCUGCAGAGGCCUGAACCUCCCCGGCCAAAUCUCCACCUUGAUCUUUUUUAUCAGGAUAGCUGGUUGGAAAGUCUCUUUCGUUCCUUAUGCGUUAGCCCUUCAUAGUGUGUCGCCUCUCCCCAUACAGACAGCAAUCUCAGACUUAUUCCCCCCUGUUCACAUCUAUGGGCUUCUUACUGAUCUUUCUUGGUUUUCGCGGUAUCUUCUUCAGAUUGUAUUUCCUG